UCAACGUGGUCGUGCGCAACGUGGACCUGCCUCAGGGCAUCUAAACGGAGAACCGAAGUGUUGUUUUUGUGUAUGACGCGGUGUGUUUAAAAAUAUACAUAAUAAUAUCACUUGCCAAGCCGCAAGCAAGAUGGCAAUAUCGAGCCAAUUAAAGUGAGCGAGUGAGAGCCAAGAAAAGUGUGUGUGCGAGAAAUCGAAAGAGAGAGAGAGAGAGAGAGAGUGCGAUAUUUGCUUGUGUUUAUCAAGACAAAUGCAGAAUAUAGUGCAUGAUAAUAAAAUCAAAGUACUCAAUUUAAUUAUCGAAAAGUUUGUUUACCAAAAGCAGCAUAAACAGGAAAAGUGGAAAGUGGAAAGAAAGUGCAAUAAUACCACAGUUGAUAGCAAAUUAAAAACAGAUGGAAAUUCUAAAGAGAAGCAGCACAUCAAUUUAUAAAUAAAUAAAAUAUACGUUUAUUCGUUUCUGUGUUAAUAACAAGAGAGUCCGAGCAUAAGAAAAGAAAACAACAAAUUAGCUCUGUCAACGUGAAAUUCGAAAUUCCAAGUUAAAGAAUAUAAAAAAUAUCAUACUCGUAUGCAAAGUGAGAAAAAAGGUGUCGCUGUUCAGUGUGCGUGUGUUUAAUCGCGCCAUAUAUGGCUGGUAAUUAGCCUUAAGUGAUGGCAUCCCUCGGCAUUGAUGGUUGACAUUUUUCUUGUAUGAAAUAUGCAAAUGACUCAACGCAAAGGCGCCUGGGAGUAAUCACGGCAACAAAUGAGCUGCAGCCCCCCAUUGGAAUGCAUACUCGGAAUACACGAAGAACGUCAGAGAUUCUGAGAUUCUGAGAUAAGGAGACAGUUGUACACGUUGUAAAUUAAAUUUUCCCCCAAGCUUAAAGUGUCAGCAAAAGCAACAACAACAACUACAACAAUAGAGGCAACACUAUUAAGUGAGUGCCAGAAGGAAGGAAGGAAAAACGGGCUGGUAAAAAGCGUUUAGCAAAAAAGUCAAAGUCACUGCGCCCUCAGGACGAAGGAUACAUCCACGAACGUGGCACAGGUGUGACCCCCAACUAUAACGACACAAUUUAUGUUACUACAACUCGCAGUUGUGGCAAACUAAAUGCUUAAAUGCUGCACAGUCCAGAGCACUCACAGGCCAGCUAGUCGUAGAGUUUCCAAUGCAGGCAGCUGAUGGACCCGGCAUUAUGCCACCGCCAGCAUCCGCCGAAUACGAUGCGGCGCCGAUCAAUACCGAUCAGUUUCUGGCCAGCGUCACGGGUCAGAGUCAGGAGGAGGAGCAGGCGAUGCGCUACGAAUUGGCCGACACCACGGGCAGCACACUUAUGCCGCUGCUCUACGAUGCCGGGCAGCAACUGCUGCUGUUCAACUACACAACGACACACAACAGCAACUAUGAGAAUAUGCACAACACUUACAGUAACGUGAAUGGCAGCCAUGCGGAUCUGUUUCCCAUGUACGACGAGAUGCCCGAACCGAAUUGGACGCGCACCUGCGAAGAGGAGUACAGACCCGAUCUGGAGGAAACCCGCAUUGAGUUCUGGGUAUGCGGAGUUAUACUCAACAUUGUUUGCGUGCUUGGACUGCUGGGCAAUGUGAUAUCAAUGAUUAUUCUGUCGCGUCCACAAAUGCGCAGCAGCAUCAAUUAUUUGCUCACCGGUUUAGCGCGCUGUGACACGAUGUUGAUCAUCAGCUCGAUGCUGCUCUUUGGCAUACCUUCGAUAUAUCCCUACACUGGGUAUCUCUUUGGCUACUACAACUACGUGUAUCCGUUCAUCUCCCCUGCCAUGUUUCCCAUCGGCAUGAUUGCGCAGACUGCGAGCAUUUACAUGACAUUCACCGUGACACUCGAACGCUAUGUGGCCGUGUGUCAUCCGCUUCGGGCACGUGCUCUGUGCACUUAUGGGCGUGCCAAGAUCUAUUUUAUUGUGUGCGUCUGCUUUGCGUUGGCGUACAACAUGCCGCGCUUCUGGGAAGUGCUGACCGUUACGUAUACGCCACCGAACACGACGCAAGUGCUGCACUGUGUGCGUCCAUCGCCGUUGCGUCGCAAUCCCGCCUACAUCAAUAUCUACAUCCAUUGGUGCUAUCUGAUCGUCAACUAUAUCAUCCCGUUCCUCACGCUGGCGAUCUUGAAUUGCUUGAUCUAUCGACAGGUGAAGCAUGCGAAUCGCGAACGUCAGCGUUUGUCGCGAUCGGAGAAACGAGAGAUCGGCUUGGCCACGAUGCUGUUGUGUGUCGUGGUUGUGUUCUUCAUGCUGAACUUUAUGCCGCUGGUGUUGAACAUCUCGGAGGCAUUCUACGACAUGAUCGAUCCGCGUUUGACGAAACUCUCGAAUCUGCUGAUCACGAUCAACAGCAGCGUCAACUUUUUGAUCUACAUCAUCUUCGGGGAGAAGUUCAAGCGCAUUUUUUUACUCAUUUUUUUCAAGCGACGCCUGAGUCGUGACCAACCGGAUCUUAUACACUACGAGAGCUCCAUAUCGAACAACGGCGAUGGCACGAUCAACCAUCGAUCGUCCGGCCGCUUCUCACGUCACGGCACCCAACGCAGCACCACAACCACCUACCUGGUGACCACGGGGGGCGGCGGUGGCGGACUCGGCGGAGCGAACAACAGCUCGAUGAACAGUGUCCGACUCACUCAGGUGUCCGGGUCGCCGGGUCUGGUGAAGAUCAAGCGGAAUCGCGCUCCCUCGCCGGGUCCCGUUGUCUACUAUCCGGGACCGCGUGAACUUCAGCGUUCCGUCUCGACCACGAAUUCGACAACCAACAAUAAUACGGCGCUCGGCUUGGAUUGGACUGUGGAUGGCAAGAAGUUGGGCCAUGUGUCGUCUGGGUUCUAAACUCUAGUCAUGUCUAUAUAUACAUAUAUAUAAUCUGUAAAUACGGAAAAUACUAUAUACAAACUAACAAAAAAUAUGUUAUAAACUUACUUAAAUUACAAUAUACUAUAUGAUUAACUGAGCGCGCCAAGCGUCGCGUUACUUUGUGAUAAGCGUUAAGUGUUACUAUCUCUCUUUUCUCUAUUUCUUCCUCUAACUUUCGAUCACAAAAAAAGUACAGCAAACUCUUGAUAACACACUCAAUCGAUUAUCAAAUUAGCAAUCAAUUGUUUUCUUUAUUUUAUCAUCCAGCUAGCAGUUUUCUAAAUGAAAGACUGACUUCCAUAAGUCCAGGUUGAGCAGUUAGCUUUAGUCGAUUUGCUAGACUGAUACAUACAUAACAUAUAUAUGGAAACUAGAGCUAGAAAAAGUCUCUCUCAAUUUUUACUAUUAAGUGUGCAAGAUUUAACAAGUACGUCCUAGAUAUAUGUGAUAAAAAUAACAUCAUUGAAACACAAAGGAAACUCUUCGGUCAACAUUACAGAUUGUGUUUAAUUAAUUGCCAAUUUGUCUAACAAAUUCCUUUCGAAAACUUUCUAGUCGUGUGUUUGACAAGACUUUGCUGUACUUUUUUUUUGAUUGCAAAACAAAAAUAACACAAAACCCUUUUUGAUUAUUUGCGAGCUUCUUCUGUCUGUUACUCAAUCAAUUGAAUUUGUUACAAUUUUGCACUAAAUUAAGCUGUAAAACUUUUUCGUACGCCAUAGAUAAUAGCAAAGCAAAAUACAAAAUACAAAAUACAUAUAAAAAAAAAAGGGCAAGUCCGGAAUGCGGCUGACCCAGCAAUGUUUCGAGGCGAAAAACUUUUAUUUAUUAGCGUCAAGUUUUCGCUUUUAAUUAAAUAUACUUUCUGCACUGCAUUUUUCAACCAAAACUUGAUAAAUGAUUUUCGUUUCUUUUCAUCUUCUGUUCAUCAUCCGACCUUUCUUUCUUUGCCGAUUGGCUGACCUUAAAUUAUAGAGAAAAAAGUUUUAUAUUCUUUUUUUUUGUUAUCGAUAGCAGUUCAUAUUUUUUGUCGAUUGGACUUUGGAUGCGACGCUGCAAAUAUGUCAAGUUGUCAGGAAAAAGUUGAAAAGUUAAACCCAAAGUUCACUUAACAAAAGAAGGACCAUAAAUUCGAUUAAAUGGCUCGUUUUGCCCCAAAGAACUCAACUCAUCAACACAAGUAGCUCAAUUUAACAUGUUUACACACACACACAUACGCUUUUCUAUGGUAAAAGACAUUUUCAGGUGUUCAGAAAUUGAAUUUAUUUAAACUUUACCUCCCACAACAACAACGUUGCUACUCUAUAAACGAAA